UGUCAUAUGUAUACGUCAUGUGGCAAAUAGACGUGUACUUUCAAAAGAAAAAGUAAAGUUCAUUAUUAAUUGUAAUUAAACAUAUUAAACCCAAUUAAACAAUUAGUCAUGAUAUAUACUACAGUAGGUGAUAAAAAUAUAAUAUAAAGUGAAAUUCUAGUGCUUUAAAUAUGGUUGUGCUACUUUCAAAAUUAACUUUGUAGCCUCUUAAGAAUGCAAUGCUUCCUAGACGUCGUCGAGCUGGCUCUGAAACUGAGCCCCAAGUUAUAGUAGGUAACGAUAAUUAUUGGACUAACCCUCAGCCUAAAACGAAUCAGUCACACACGGUGUAUCCAAACAAUGUUACAUCUGACUACUAUUUAGAGGAAGAUUAUAUCGAAGACUACACUGAACCAGAAUUAGUCAUGACUGCCAGAGACAGAACUAGUGAAUUUGUAAAUACUAUACAGACAUUACAAGGCAGGAACAUUGCUAGGGCAGUAGCUGCUAGGGACCCGAAGAAAUCGAGGGUUAUACAAAGUCAUAGCGAGUUUAUGCUAAUUGCGAAGAAUGUGGGACGGCAUAUAGCUAGCACUUAUGCUAAAUUGGAAAAGUUGACAUUGUUGGCAAAACGAAAAUCUUUAUUUGACGACAAAACAUCAGAAAUCCAAGAACUCACAUAUAUCAUAAAAGGUGAUCUUAGCAACUUGAAUCAACAAAUAGCCCAAUUACAAGAUGUAUCUAGGAAACAGAAGCAGGGAUCAAGUGGGAAACAUCUACAAUCACACACGAGUAGCAUUGUCUUAGCACUCCAAUCCAAAUUAGCAAGUAUGUCAACGGAUUUUAAACAAGUGUUAGAAGUUAGGACAGAAAAUUUGAGACAUCAGAAAAACAGAAGGGACCAGUUUUCCCAAGGAGGGUUGCCUCCUCCAACUGUGGCAUCAUCCUCUGCUCAAGGAAGUUUAUUGUUUCAAGAACAGGAUCAAGUGAGUAUAAAUAUGGAAAGUGCAGCAUUGAUUCCAAAAGGGCAGACCCAAAUCCAAGCCUCUUUGAUGUAUGACCAAACGGAUAAUUAUUUACAAAGCCGUGCAGAGACUAUGCAAAAUAUAGAAUCGACUAUAGUAGAAUUAGGAGGUAUAUUUCAACAAUUAGCUCAUAUGGUGAAAGAGCAGGAAGAAAUGGUGGAAAGGAUAGACAGUAAUGUAGAACAUGCCGAAUUGAACAUUGAGGCGGCGCAUGCGCAAAUCGUUAAAUAUUUUAAGAACAUUUCUUCAAACAGGUGGCUGAUGAUUAAAAUUUUCGGAGUUUUAAUAGUUUUCUUUAUAUUUUUCACUGUAUUUUUGGCAUAAUAUUCUAUUAGUUUUGUAUAAAUAAUAAUCUAUUUCACAUAUAUAUUUAAAACACGUUUAAUUAAAAAGUAUGAAAUUUGUUUA